AUGGCGCUCCCGCAUAUAGGACUCAUCAAUCUCGCACCAAAGCGCCAGAUUAUCCAAAUAACAUCCCCGCGGGACAAAGACUGGCAGCGCGGGCAGGAACGCCUCCACGAGGCCUUCCAGCUGCUCCGGGCCCAAUAUCCCGACGCGUCUCCUUUCUAUGGCAUCGUCCAGCGGGGCCCAGAGUGUGGCCCGGUGAUACGCUGUUUUCGCGAGUCGCGCGACGAUGACGCCCCAGACCGGAUCGUGGACGGGAUGUUUCUCUACAAGUUUAAAGGAACCAGAGGAACCAACAACCUGCAUGUAGUCGGGUGCAUUCGGCAUCAUGAGAAAUAUCUGGCCUGGCAGCGGAAGCAUGUCCGCGAGUCCAAUGUUCAACUGCGUGCCAGGGAGAUCACCACUGCUCGGGUGAUAGAAACUUCGUCCAAACUCAAUGCGCAAUGCGGGGUCAUGUAG